AUGCUCCGCAUUAGGGACGCUGAUUUGGUUCAGUUUGCCUCGUUUCAAUGGGAUGCUCUGGAUGCCGUCCUCGCCGCCGGAUGGCCUACCGACGAGCUGCUGAGUCCUGACAAAGCGCUUGCUCUUGCACAUCGCUCUGGCUCAACUGAUGUGAGAGCCAUGGCGCGUGAGAACGCCUGGCCAGCCGUCCGUCAGGUCCGCUCGCACCUCGCGGUCCUGAUGUACGAUCACGGCCUGUCGUACCAGCCGAUCGACGGCCCGCGACGGCUGGCCUGGCCGCUGAUGGACGGCAGCGCAGGUGCAGAUGACUCUCGCGUCGCAUUUGUGUACUUUCCCUUUGUCACGGCCUCUGUCGCCACCGACAUCGCCGCCGCCGCUGACCAAGGCUACAUGGUCGUCGCCGGUGUCGACGGUGGCUAUCUCGGCUCGCACCAGUACACCCUCGAUGGUGUCCGUGCCAUGUACUUUGACACCACCGAUGUCAACCGCAACAGCCUGGUCACCGUCGCCGAGGUGGGCGAGUUUGCCACCGCCACCGGCGCAGCGUGGUCGGCUACCCACGCCGUCGUUGCGCAGCAGAUCUUUGCCUCUUGCGGCGACUCGGGCUCGGGCGUCCCGUUCUCAGCCAUCCCCUGCCUCGAGAGCCAGGGUGGAGCGUCGUUUGGCUUUUCAUUCACUCCGAACCUUGCCGAAAUCAACCGCGAUCCUGCUGCGUCGGUUGCCGCCCGCGAUGCUGCCCUCGCUGCUGGUGCCCACGUCGUCGUCACCCGCUUCCCAACGCCGGUCGACCUGGUGACCGGCGAGUCGCGCGCCGACUUUCACGUUGCUCUGGAGGCUCCGUACGUCUGCAAUGCGCGGACUGCGCCCACCUCGUGCUCGGUGGCCAACAUCUCUGCCGCGCUCCGCGGCGAGUGCGCCGUCGCAGGCUGCGCCGAAUGUGAGGCCCUCGAUACAUGCGUCGUGUGUGCGGCGGGCCACGGCCUCCAGCCUGGCCAGUGGUGCAUGGCGGACCGUCCCAUCGCCGCCGCCCCCACCUUCGCCUCCGCCACCGCCGCCGCUGCCGCCGCCGCCGCCGCCGCCCCCACCGCCGCUGGCCAGCUCGCCGCCGCCGAGCCCGCCACCAACGACAAUGGCCGGCGGUGCGUUUGGAGGCCUCGCUAG